UCACCAUCAACAUGCAAAUCUCCAGUCUCAUCUCUCUUACCCUUCUUUCUACCCUUGCCUCCGGCGCAGUCAUCCAUUCCGAUUUCGCGAAGAGCCAGUCCGUCGACUGCCAGAAGCUCCAGGUUGCUCUCAGCGAGGCCGGUGCAUACUAUCGAGGUAGACUGAGCGGGUACUAUGGGCAAGCCUAUAUCACCUUUGCCAAUAAUCUUCAUGCACUUGAGAAUCUAGGCAGUAGGACGAUACGUCAAUGCUAUGAUAUGUCGUCUUCCUAGGUUAUUGGUGUUCUGACAUGAGUGUGUUUACCAUACUGUUAUAUUUGUCCAUAUACUCUGCAUGUACAUAUAAAUAGCCGUCAUAUGUUUGACACCGAGGCUGUUAAGGCUAAUUCAGACCGG